AUGAUCGUCUUCAACUCGAUUUUGCUUGGUUUGGAUGUGAAGCGCAACAAGUCCUACCUGGAGGCUCAGAUCCUCCUUGUGCUGGGCGAGAUCUGCAAUGGUUUCUUCUUCAUUGAGCUCUGUCUUCGUCUCUGGUGCUACAAGGGCAGCUUCUUCUACGGCGAGGAAAACGGCUGGAACUUGUUCGACUCCUUUCUGGUUGUUUCAUCAGUGCUGGAUGUUAUCUUGACGUACACUGCUGCGGACAUCUCCCCAGCCUUGGCUGCCAGCAUGAAGAUGCUCAAGCUUUUCAGGAUCAUGCGUGUCUUCCGAGUCUUCCGCUUCUUCCGUGAGUUGGGGAACUGGGCCAUGAUGAUCAUGGACUCCUUGAAGUCCUUGUUUGGAGCGUUGAUCCUUCUCGGCAUCAUCGUAUAUGUCUUUGCUGUGAGCCUUUCGAUGAACACCGCAGACUGGCUGAUCCAACAGGACGCGGCAAAUUCAGUGGAUCGAGCGUUGAUUGAGGAUGUUGAGACCUGGUUUGGCUCGCUGGGCUCGACUGUGUACACGUUGAUGCUGUCCAUCCUUGGGGGCGUUAGCUGGCACAUCGUUUGUGACCUCCUCUUCAAGAUUGACAUCCUGUCAGCUGCGCUGUUGCUCUUCUAUAUCAUGUUCACCAUCUUUUCAGUGCUCAAUGUGAUCACAGGAGUGUUUGUGGACUCUGCCAUCCAGACCACGAAUUCACAACGAGACAUUCAGAUCGAGCGCGAGCUUGAGCUCAAGGACUCCUUUCUGAAGUCGUUGAAGGACUUCUUCGAAGCUUUGGACACUGACGGCAACGGUGCAAUCCACCUGGAUGAGAUUAAGAUCAUGCUGCAGGAUCCUACACUCGCUGCAUACUUUGCUGUGCUUGGGUUCGACGAGGUGAAUGCGCACCAAAUCUUCCACUUGCUUGAUGACGACGAAUCUGGUGAGGUGAGUAUCCAAGAAUUCCUGGAUGGCUGCGCCAAGCUGAAGGGACAAGCACGGAGCAUUGAUGUCCAUGCGAUCAUGCACCAGUGCAGGGCGCUCCACAGGGAUAUCAGCUUCGUCGGCUCCCAGCUGGGUGUUGACGUCCAGCAGGCGGCGCAUGCGAGUCGGCAACGCGGCCGGUUUCCUAAAGAACGGUCUGAGGUGGGACUCCUGCUUGAGGCAGUUUGUAGAAGAGCUUGGCGUGUCUGA